AUCUGUCAAGAGUUUCGCAUUUUUAAGUCAACAUCCAAAAAAAAGUGAAAAUGUUGAGACUUGAAAAGUAUUGUUGGUGUCUUGGACUUGAAACUGCAGGACUUCUAAUUGGAUGGAUGUCACUAAUCAGUUGCAUCUUUUACGUCAUAAUAUUUGUAAUCAGUGGCUUCAGUUUAACUUUCUACGGCAAUGGAACUAAUGAAGAUAUUUAUGGUGGAAUUGGUUUAUGGUUAGCAGCAAUAAUUUCUGUUGGUCUUGCAUACAUCUGUUGGAUUUUUAUUCAAGGAAUAAAGACUAAAAACCCACCGAAAAUGAUGCCUUAUAAAAUAUGUUUAAUCGUUGAGAUUGUGGUGACAAUUUUCUUGCUUAUGUGGUUGAUUUUCAUAGAUCCUGAGUCAAAUUCAACUUGGAAGAAAUAUUCACAAAAUAUAUCUCACAUCACUGUUCUUGGUGCAACCGUAUUCUUAUUGAUAUUUGAAGCCUACCAUUACAUUUUUCUCGAUUCAUUGAUGGAGAAGCUAAAAGAUGACAAAACUUCUUCAAACGCAGUUUAAACAAAAUCACUUUUAUUCAAUAUUCAACAUACUAAAUUUACAUUAUUAUUAAUAAAGUUUUAUUUUUUCCUUCGCAUUCUUCUCUCAUAUUUAUAUUUGUGUUAGUUCAUGAG